CUUCUAUAUCAGCAAAUCAGAUGUUGACACGUAUGUAUAAUAAGCUGAGUCAUGGUCAAUUCUCUCAUAAUCGGUCAAGGGGCAAUUUUAGAAUUUUACUUGGAAUAGUACCUACGAUCUCCACUUCCACCUUUCCCUCACGACUGCAAAGGGUACUUCCUCGACCCCUCGCUUCUUCGAUCCCGUCCCGUUUGAAACACCGCUGGCCAUCGCCACCGCCCCUACCGCCGACCUAGUCACCCUCACCGUCGGCACAGGCGACAGUUGGCUGAUACCACCGACAUCUAAUUCGGUAAGGUAGAAGCCAGCUGCGUAGCAGCCCGCGGAGGCGCCACCACCGCCUCUUUCUCUAGCGAUCCAAAGCUUCCAAGAACGAAUCCCAUGGAGAAAAACCCCAGCAGCAAUAACACGCGUGUGGGCUAGGAACCAGCGGCAGCAGCGACGAAACAGGCACGCCGUGGAAGGAUCUAUCGCUGAUACCCAGUCUCAGGGCCCGUCCGUAGGACGGGAAGCUUCUCUUGCUGGACCCAUCUAGGGACGGAAAAAUUGACGUAGGAGAAGGAGAGUUCCUUGUCCUAGGUCGACGGCGAAGGCGAUAGCGGUGGCCACACACAGCUAACCAGUUGCAUCACUUGCUUCAUCGGAGAAGAAGACAGAUUUGUCGGACAAGAUGAGAGAUUCGUCGGAGAAGAAGACACAUUUGUCAAACAAGAUAAGGAUGUCCCAAGUGAAAUUUCAAAAUUACCCUUUGAUCCAUUUUGAGAGAACUGAGCAUGACUCACACCACACGUGUUAACAUCUGAUUUACUGAUGUGAGAAGGGGCAUCCAAACCAAAAUAUUAUCCUAUCCAGAAAUUCAAUGUUCGAUAAUGUAACGUUGCUUUUUUGUGGCCGCAAAUGCUCUCUCAAGUUGUAUGGAUCACAUUCAAAUCCUCUCAAAAUUACCAUUUUUCUUUCUUUCUGAAAAGCCCUCUGAAAAAGAAAAAAAGAAAAAAAAAUCUUUUUUCGCUGUCAACUCCCAAAACCACACCAAUGCUUCUCACAGUUUCACGAACUGGGUUCACUACACCCCAGCUUCAUACACACUUGUCAAAUACUCUGCAGUCAUCUGAUCAAAUUUCCUUGCAUCAUGGACCAUAGUGUUCAUCCUUUUCUAGUGCAUAGCUAUCUCUUCUCAGUUUCUAUAUUCAAAUUUUGACUUAAUUCUUAUUUGUAUUCAAACUUUCAGCACUUGUAUAUUCUGGACUGAAUAAUGGGUUGCAUACUAUUCUAUGUUUAGCUUAGCAUGCUGGUUUAACAUGGUGUUGGUGGAAGGAUGAGUGGGACAUCGGUCCUUAGCCAAACCCAUCUUUUGUCACUGCCAAAUAAUCCACCUCAAAGCUCUGAAUUGAAUUCAAAGUUCAAUGAUAAGGGAUGGUUGUCUUUGCUUAAGAGAUGCAAGUGCAUGGAAGAGUUUAAGCAAGUUCAUGCCCAAAUUCUAAAAUUGGGCCUUUUCUUGGAUUCUUUCUGUGGUAGCAAUCUUGUUGCCACAUGUGCUCUUUCAAAAUGGGGCAGCAUGGAGUAUGCUUGCUCUAUCUUUAGGCAAAUUGAGGAACCGGGUAGCUUUGAGUACAACACCAUGAUUAGAGGAAGUGUCAAUAACAUGAAUCUAGAAGAAGCCUUGUUUCUUUAUGUUGAAAUGCUUGAAAGAGGCAUUGAACCUGACAAGUUCACCUACCCGUUUGUAUUCAAGGCAUGUUCUCUAUUAGGUGCUCUCAAGGAAGGAGUGCAAAUUCAUGGCCACAUUUUUAAGGCUGGUCUUGAUGGUGAUACCUUUGUGCAAAACAGCUUGAUCAGCAUGUAUGGCAAGUGUGGGGCAAUAAAGCAUGCUUAUGCUGUGUUUGAGCAAAUGGACGAAAGGAGUGUGGCUUCAUGGAGUGCCAUCAUUGGUGCCCAUGCUAGUGUGGAGAUGUGGCAAGAGUGCUUGAUGCUUCUUGGGGACAUGAGCAGUGAGGGGCGGCAUAGGGCUGAAGAGAGCAUUCUAGUUAGUGCUCUUUCUGCUUGCACCCAUUUGGGGUCUCCUAUUCUUGGAAGGUGCAUACAUGGGAUCUUGUUGAGGAACAUUAGUGAACUCAAUGUUGUUGUGAAGACUUCAUUAAUUGACAUGUAUGUCAAGUGUGGUUGCCUUGAGAAAGGGCUUAGUGUGUUCCAAAAUAUGGCUGAGAAGAACAGGUUUUCUUACACAGUAAUGAUCGCGGGGCUUGCCAUUCAUGGGCGUGGUAGGGAAGCUCUAAGAGUUUUCUCUGACAUGAUGGAAGAAGGUUUGGCACCAGAUGAUGUUGUCUAUGUGGGUGUGUUGAGUGCUUGCAGCCAUGCUGGUCUUGUCAAUGAGGGUCUACAAUUUUUCAAUCGCAUGAGAUUUGAACACAAGAUCAAACCAACAGUUCAGCACUACGGUUGCAUGGUGGAUCUUAUGGGGAGAGUAGGGAUGCUCAGGGAAGCCUAUGACCUCAUAAAGAGAGUGCCAAUUAAGCCUAAUGAUGUGGUUUGGAGGAGCCUUCUUAGUGCUUGUAAGGUUCACCUUAACUUGGAAAUAGGGGUGAUUGCAGCUAAGAAUCUUUUCAAGUUGAAUCAGCACAACCCCGGGGACUAUUUGAUGCUAGCAAAUAUGUUUGCAAGAGCCAAAAAAUGGAAUGAUGUGGCUAGGAUCAGAACAAAAAUGGCUGAAAAACACUUGGUGCAACUGCAAACACCUGGUUUUAGUUUGGUUGAAGCAAAUAGGAAGGUGUACAAAUUUGUUUCACAGGACAAGUCUAAACCACAAUGUGACACCAUCUAUGAUAUGAUUCACCAAAUGGAAUGGCAGUUGAAAUUUGAAGGCUAUACACCAGACAUGUCACAAGUUUUGCUUGAUGUGAAUGAAGAAGAAAAGAGGGAGAGAUUGAAAUAUCAUAGUCAGAAGUUGGCAAUUGCUUUUGCACUUAUACAGACUUCUGAGGGUUCUCCCAUAAGAAUAUCAAGAAAUCUAAAGAUGUGUAGCGAUUGUCAUACGUACACUAAGUUCAUUUCCAUGAUCUAUGAACGGGAAAUCACUGUUCAUUGGUUAUGAAGGAAUCUCCAGCAUUUAGUAAUUAGUAGUUACAGAUCACAGUCUCUGUUUCUAAAGCUAACGGAUUAUGGAUUCGUUGGUAAACCAAAAUAUUGAACAUUUUUAUUCGAUAACCUCAGAAUU